AUGAUGGGCAGGUUCAGCUUUCUGCUGCCGAUUGGCGCUGUCUUCGGCAGUGGCCUGGGCGCUUUCGCCAGUCAAGCCAUGGGACGCCGUUUCACACUGUUCCUCAGCGCCUUGGUCUACAUGGUGGGAUACGCGACCAUAUUUGCCAACGCCAUCUUCCUCACAGUCUUGUUUGGUCGUUUUGUGACGGGAGUCGCCACGGGAAUGGUCUCCCUCUGCGUGCCCACCUACAUCACCGAGGUCUCUUUGCCUGCUCAGCGAGGAUCUAUGGGUGGCAUGCUUCAGCUGGCCAUCACCGUCGGCAUUCUCUGGUCUUACGUCUUGGGGCGCUUCUUGGAGUGGCAGAUGCUCGCCAUAGCGGGCUUCGCAGGUGCAAUACUGUUGGCUGUUCUAAGUCAGUAUUCGGUGGAAUCUCCCCGAUGGCUUGUUCUUCGCGGCCGCAGAAUCGACGCCAUGGAGGCACUCUGGAAAUUGCGUGGCACAAGCAGCAAGGUGGACGAGGAGUGGCACGCGAUUGAGCAGGUGUUUGCACGUGCCCCUAUGCGCUUGUCCCACGUGCUGCUGGCCGCGCAUGCGCACUUCAUCCAGCAGUUCUCAGGCAUUAACAUGAUCAUCUUCUACGCGAGUUCCCUGUUCGCCGACAGCGGUGUCUCCAUCAGCGCCGCGGACUGCUCCAUCAUCGUCGCCAGCCUACAGGCACGAUAG